UUCUUGGGUGGCCAGGGCGGUGUUGGUUCCGCGCGUGACCACCCACAGCUAUGGCCGUGGCAGGGGCUGCUUUCCGCCGCCUAGGUGCCUUGUCCGGAGCUGGGGCCUUGGGUUUGGCCACCUACGGGGCACACGGCGCCCAAUUUCCGGAUGCCUACGGGAAGGAGCUCUUUGACAAGGCCAACAAGCACCACUUUUUGCACAGCCUGGCCCUGUUAGGGGUGCCCUAUUGCAGAAAACCCCUCUGGGCAGGAUUGCUGCUAGCUUCUGGAACUACCUUAUUCUGUACCAGCUUUUACUACCAGGCUCUGAGUGGAGACACUAGCAUCCAAACUGCGGGUCCUGUUGGAGGGAGCCUGCUGAUCUUGGGCUGGCUUGCCUUGGCUUUUUGAGGUCUCCUGUUUAGUUGUCCUGUCCUGGACUUUCUGUAUAACUGAGGGUGGAGGAGGGUAAAGCAGAAAAGAAAUUAAAAGAAAAUGGCAAUAAAGAAAUAAAGAAC